AUUUGUUUUUUUCUUUUUUUUAUUUUUGUAAAUACAUCACACAAAUAAUCGAACGAAACAAUGAAAAGAAUGUAAUGAACAAGGAAGGAAAAUGUGAAUUGAUGUAUUAUCAUUCAUUGUUUGAAAUUAUUUACCCCAUAUUAUUAUCGAUAAUAGGAGUAGUAGUAAAUCUUUACAUUCAUAUUUAAUUUGAUUAACCUCUUUGUAAUACAUUAUUUUCACAAGAGUUAUUAGAGUCGUUUAAAGAGAUAUUCGUUCGAUAAAAUUAUAGAUUAUAUGUAAUAAUUAAUAGAAAAGAACACUUUUUUAACGAGAUAUACAUAUGGUUAUGGGAAUUUGUUUAAAAAUAAAUAGAACUCGUUUAAAACAAUUAUUUCGAGAGUGACCCUUUUAAAUAUUGUUUUAUCAUGAGUUCCGCAAUACAAAUAUUAUGGAAACAAGCAUUAAAAACAUUUGGCAGUAGAAAAAAUACAGGUUAUAAACUGUAUCAACAAAAUUUCGAUCAUUUGUGGAGUUUAAUCAAUAGAAUCACUGCGGAAGAUGUGAAGGUAGACAAACAAGUUCUUGAUUUUGUAAAGGUACAAUCUGCACCGAUGUGUGUUAUUGUUCUUUUUGAAAAUAAAGAUAUGACUAUUGCAAUCUUUAUGUUAAAACACGGUGUUACAAUGCCUAUGCAUGAUCAUCCAGGAAUGCAUGGCUUUUUAAAGGUAAUCAGUGGUACUGUUGAAAUAAACAGUUUUACUUUAAAGAACAAUGGUGAUCAUAUAAAUAUGAAUGAAGAGAUUAAAGCAUUUAGGCACAGACCUGUAAUACUCCAUAAGAAUUCCCCUGCUUGUGUGCUCACACCACAGGAUAAAAACUUGCAUGAGAUUUCAUGCAUAGAAGGACCAGCUGCAUUUUUAGAUAUACUUAGUCCUCCUUAUGGUGUAGAUGAUUCCGGUAAAGGAGCUGGACCAUGUACUUUUUUCAAAACAGUUUAUUCGAAACCUUGUACGGAUUCAGGAGAUAUUAUUGAAGAAGUUCGAUUGCUAGCUGCAGAUAAACCACCAGCCUUUUAUUCGCAUAAUCUUAAAUAUACAGGGCCACCUUUGAUGUGAUAACUGUAUGCAUAUUUCUAUCACAUCUUUAAGGUUACAGAAGUAUAUAUUUUAUAUAUAUUAAUAGCAUUUACUUUAAUAUGAUAUUUGUGUAUAAAUAUAAUUUAUUCCAUUAAUGUUAUUGUAAACGAAAUGACUUUCAUUUAUUUAAAUUUAAAUGAAAUGUAUUUGUGUAUAUAUACACAUAUAUAUAUAUACAUAUUAAUGUAUGUAAUUCUUCAAAAGAAAUAUAUUCAGUAAGUAAAGAUAAAUGUAGAUAUAGAAACAAAUUAUUGCUAAAUAUUGAUAAAAAAUAGUUUCUGUAAUCUUCUUUUUUACACUUUUAUGUGAUUACACUAUUUUUAUUUUAUUUAUUAUUAUAUAAUCUUAUGGUAAUAUUAAAAGAUAUUAUAAUUGAUCGAUAUGUGCAUAUUUUUUAUUAUAUUAUUAAUAAGCCAAAGUAAUCAUCUAUUAUUUAAAUAGAGUUUUUAAAUAAUUUAUCUUUAUAUCGCAAAUAAUAUUUGUAUGUAUAGAGUACAAAAUGAAAGUAGAAAUGUAAGGUGCUUUGUUGUACAUAUAUGGUACAAGAAUAAUAAAAGAUAUGCUAUUUAUGAGAAAAAAUUGUAAAUCCUAUUUAGAUAAGAAAUAUAUUUAAGUAUGUCUAAGACAAAUUGUCAAAAACAUUGAAAUGUAUGUAUAAUUUCUGUAUCAUAUAAUUUUGUAGGUUUUAUAUUAAGUUGAUGACUGGUUAGUACUUAUAGAUCAACAAAAUAUUAUAUUUGAUUAAUUAAAUACAGUAUUUUCCUCAAGA